AUUUUUUAAUGUUGUUUACAUAGUAAGUAGAAACAUGGCCUACUCCGUCAAUAUAUCAAUUGAAGCACCUAUUGAAAAUCAAAUCCAAGAAAUUACAUACGAUGGACAGGAGAUUUAUCAGAACCCUUUGUCUAUGUCUGAGAGUCUUGCAAAGUUGGCCCAGAAAAUUGAUUUCGCAAAAACAACCAUAGAAGACAUUAAAAAAGAAAAUGGAGAACAGUCGGAGAAAGGUGAAGAAGACCCAUUGUUAAAAGAUCCAGUCAAUUAUCAGUCAUCAUUAUGGCCAUGGGACACCGUCAGGAACAAAUUGAGGAGUGCUCUCACCGAAGUCUGUGUGCUGGCAGAUGUUCUGUCAAUAGCAAAGGAAAAACGUUACUUGGUAUUGGAUCCUGUGCAGCAAGAACCAGUGGAGACGAAGCCCAUUGUCCAAGUUUAUGCCAGAAAGAAGGCUUUGUUUGGUGCAGCAUCUGUUCUGCUGAAUGGUGCGGACAGACUUCGUAACACUCAAAAUGAAAUGACACGUAAUCGCACUACACCAGAUUUUCACAUUGAGCUGUUAAGACUUCGUCAAAACUGGAGGUUAAAGAAAGUUUCUAACUCAAUCAUAGGAGACCUUAGUUACAGAACAGCGGGAUCGAAGUACGCUCAGACAGGACUGUUCGAGGUGACCAAAGCUGAGGAUGAGUCCCAGAGUGCCGGCAGCCCGCCUCCGUCCCCGGGAGCAGCUACGCCCGCCAAGCCCAGCUCUGCGCUGCGGGUCACCGUGCCCAGCGAACUGCAGGGCGUGGGUUACAUAGAAGUUCUGUGUCAGAAAGAUCAGGAGGAUCUGUGCAGUGCGACAAUAAACACUCUGGGCCCGAGCCCCACCACCGCCAACCCCGACGUCCACUGGCAGCAAAAGCUGGAGGCAGCACAGAACGUCUUAUUCUGCAAAGAACUGUUCAACCAGUUGGCCAAGGAAGCUGUUCAGCUGCAAGCACCUAUACCCCACAUGGUGGUGGGCAAUCAAAUAUUGGCAACGUUCCUUCCUGGAAUCCAGCUGAUCAUUGGGCUGUGCCACAGCGCGGUGAGCGACAAGAAGCCGGCGGCGGCCCCGCCACAGAAGUCUGAGCACGAUCACGUGCUGGAACACUCGCUCCACCAGCUCCUGCGUGAGGUCCACCACAAGAACACACACCACCCGUUCCCUCACCCCUCGUCCGGCCCGAUCGGCCCCAGCAAGCGGCGCUGCCUAGCGGGGCCGAUGGCGGCGGACAAGCAUGAGCUGACUGAAAUCACCAAGAGCCAGACACUGCUGGAACAAAUUAUUCAGCAAGCGCAACAUUUCUUCAUGCGGCGGCGGACUGAAUACGUCCUAGACACCAUGGCCAAGGAGGUGAAGGAUCCCCUGAUCGUGUCCCAUUGGAACGCACUGAAUUCCCCAAUGCAGUCGUGUGUGAAGAUCAACAUCAUGACCCACGGCUACGAUGCCAUCCUCAGGACGUCGCUGGUGGUGCAGGUUGGGGAGAAGUCGCUAAAGUGCGUUUGUCGUGACGGCAGGGUCAUGCACAUGUCCUACGAGCCGCAGGAGCUGCGAGACCUCAUCUUCUGCCAAAUUUACCAGCACCAAAUCAAUGCCGUGCACUGCUUGGCAAAGUGCAUGGGCUGGCAGUUCCUGUCCAAUAGCUCCCACUUGGGCCUGGGGGCUGUGGAACCAUUAGGAAAUGCCAGUAGCUGCAUAUUUGCUUCACCUAUUGGGGACAGAAUGAUUGCUGUGCGCUGUGAGCCGCAGACGGGAGUCCAGGUGUCGAUUGCCCACUCUCCCCGUAAAGACUUUUUCCCUGGUCAGCUUGUAAAGGAACGUAAGUGGGAGAAUCUAGGGGGAAGCUUUAAAGAGGUGCGGUGGGAUAAGAUGGAAGGAAAGAAUUUCCUCAACAAGAUGGAGUUACUGAUGUCUAGCCUGACCAGCUCACAUGACGUGCUGCAGCUCUCGUAUCAUAUCAGCCACAAGACGCCAGUGUGGUAAACUUUUAUUCCCUAGUGCCAGCACAUUGUUGGUCUCCUGAUCUCAUUGCUCAUGUGGCAGCAAUAAUUUGGAUGUUUUUCAAGUGUGAUUACAGGGUGGAUCAUCUCAGCUGCCACAUAAAAAUGUAAUAAUUUGUAUAAUUUAUGUUGUGUAAAAAUAUUGUUAAUAGAAGUAUUAAGAUGUUAA